UCACAUUCCUCCAGACCACAAAUGUCAGGUUCGUAGCAACAAGAGUGGUUCGGUACUUGUAUGCAACUUACCCCCACCCUCCGAUACCCCCUUGCCCCACCUGGACACCCCACAACCCCCAACUUCUGAGGGGGAUAUCAUCAAACUACUGCCGAGGAAGAUAUCUGUGGAUUUUGAGAAAGAGAUUCCCAACAACAACAACAACAAUGAAGAUGAUGAAGGAUAUAAGUUACCUUUGCAAGUGGAAGAAAAAAGGAGGGAAAUUAAAGGGACCCAGGACGACGCAGCUCCAUUCGAACAAUCAACCAAACCUCGCUCACCUGUUUAUGAUUGGACGGAUCCAUCAUGGCCACCGAUGAAGUCGUGCGAUGAAUACGUGAACCGAUACCCAGCUUGGGAUGAAUUCCACUCGGCCUAUGUUGAUCCUGAGACAAGGGGUAUAAGUGUUCGCGAACUGCUUACUACAUACAUCGGGAUCUCGGAGGGGGAGAUGCACCCGUUACCAUGGAAACCACCUCGCUGUGAUAAACUGGAAACACUGGAAGAAACACAAUUCGAUUCAAUCUCAGGAAUUGCAUCGCGCAACACUGUUCAAAAUAAACAAGACACACAUCUACAAGCUUUUCUGUUGCUCCAUGUAAACAAAGGUAGGGUUUGGCCGGAUGACUUGGGACAACGGAUCAACACGGCCAUGAGGAAAGCUAUCAGGCAACAGGACAACGAUCACUUAUGGGCAUUAUACAACCUUGCUGGAUUAUUCUGGCGUGUAAACGGGGACAACCUUAACGCUAUUGAAUGCCUGAGGAGAUGUAUACGCAGAGUACCUGUGGAACAUUUGGAUAUUCCACUUGUUAGUUUGUCCAAUAUUAUGUACAGAGUUGGCAAACUGAGCGAUGCCGUCAAUUUAUUGAUCUACGCAUUAAGGGUUAAUAACUCGGAGGUAACAAAUUAUUAUAAUUAUCAAGUAAUAAUAUGUGUGGUGAUUGUAAUAAGUUUCCUGAAUCUAACCUUGACCUGGUGCUCAUGCCAUUUAGAGGAAAAUACAUUUCUCUUUUAUACAAUUGGUUGGGCUUGAUUUUUGUCUGUUACG